AUGCGGUAUGCCGGCGACAUGCCAACCGUCGCAGACGGCAGAGUUGGCAGGGCAUCUGCCACUCUCUUAGCCAGGCGAGAGGUGGCGCAAAAGCAUGGCGGCUUUUACGGUCUCUCGUCAUCGGACCAAUGGCGCGGCAACCCGUACUUGCAGUGGCCAUCCGCUUGGGCAUCACCCGACCUGCGCCCAUCACCACCACGCCUACCCCCAAGCAGCCGCAAGGCCACCACCCUGCUUGGACUGCCAGCCAAAAUUCCAGCUCUGUGCCAGGAUCCGAUUUUCAAGCACGAGCAGAAUGCUGCUCUGGCCAGAACCAAGCGCCGAAGUGCCUCAGGCGCCGACGGCAUCACAUACCAGAUGCUGCGUAACCUGGAUGUGGCUGCACGACAACGCCUGUUGAGGGCUUUCAGUGACGUUUGGCAUAGCCGCACCCUACCUGAGGCCUGGCUGACUGCUGUGGUGGUGCCCGUCCGGAAACAUGGCCGCCCUGGUGCAGCCAUUGCAUCCUACAGGCCCGUCUCUCUUACCUCUGCUGCCUGCAAGCUCAUGGAAGCCAUAGCUCUGGCACGCUUGAGCUGGAUUGCUGGGGCAACGGAGUUCCUAUCAGAGCAGCAGACAGGCUUCUGGCGCCACCGCUGCACAGCAGACUCAAUUGCGGACGUCGUCUCCACCCUGGAGGAGGCCAGGAGUAAGGGCGAGGUGGCCCUCCUUGUACUGCUGGAUGUCCAAAGCGCUUUCGACGGCCUGCCACAUAUGAUCAUAGAAAGUGCUCUGGACGCACUCGGCAUCACGGGCUUUCUGCGUGCUUUCAUCCGUGCUUUCCUAGCCGGACGGACCCUCCGGGGCUACCUGGAAUGCUACCGGUUGACAAGCGCUACCCCACGCAGUGCUCCUUGUACGCAGACGACGUGGCACUGUGGAUUAGGGGGCCGAAGGCGGAACCUCACUGCCAUCAGGCGCUCCCUGCAACGCUCCCUGGAUGCUGUGACCUCUUUCUUCAGAACGAUCGGGCUGAUCGUGUCCCCCAUGAAGACGGAGGCGCUGCUGGUUCACCCCAGAGUCGCUGCGCGGAGGGCCAUCCGAAGGCUUGUGUUGGGAGACCGGCCAAUCCCGUGGAGCAAGGCGGUGACGUGCCUGGGGCUAAAGAUCGAUCACCGCCUCACUUGGAUACCAGCCGUCAAACUCGCGAACUUCAAGGCCACCAGGGUUCAGACUGCUGUGGGCAAGCUGUUGAGCAGGGGCCAAGGGUGCACCCCGCGACUGGCACUUCAGCUCUACCAGGGGGCUGCAACGGCAGUGCAAACCUACGCACUGCCUCUGGUGCAGCUGGCGCAACACCGCAAGGAGCAGUUGGAGCGGUAA